AUGGAUCAAGGUCGAGCCACUCGCCUCCAUCACGACGGCAAACAUUCAAAAAUUUGUAUGGAAGAACAUCAUCACUCGGAUAAUGGGCUAAAAUUCACGGAUAAAAAGCUAAACAUCUUUCUUGAGAACCUCGGUAUUCGACAUCGAUUCACGUCAGUAGAACAUCCGCAAUCCAACGGCCAGGCCGAAGUAACCAACAAGGUCGUUCUCACCGAGUUGAAAAAAUGGCUCAGCAAAGCCAAAAGGGCCUGGGCCGAAGAGUUUCCCGAAGUCUUAUGGGCGUAUAGAUGCACACCCCAGUCAAGUACGAAAGAGACUCCCUUCUGGUUAGCGUAUGGCUCGAACGCGAUGAUACUGGUAGAAGUUGGCAAACCGUCAUUCCGGCGGACACACUUCCAUGAAGAAUCCAAUGACAAUUCUCUUCGCGCAGAGCUAGAUGUCUUAGAUGAGGUGCGAGACAAAGCCAGAAUCGUCCCCGAGAACAUUCCACGAGGGCGAUCUCGUUUGGAGGGCAACCGGAUCGGCAAGAUGCAAUCCCACCAAAGGGAAGUUAUCGGCCAACUAGGACGGUCCGUUCCGAGUACAACACACUCUCCAUAA